AUGGAUGUCCGUCCUCAUUCCAUAUUCCGCGAACGCUACGAUGGUCGCCCUCGGGUCAGAGCGAUGCGGUGGAUCUGCGGGACAUGGAUCUAUGGGAUAUUCUCAACAGCAUCAUCGGCAAGCCGCAGGAGUUCCAGCCGCAGGAGGAGCACCACUUCCCUCAGCCUUGUUUCUUACCUCCCAACAUCUUCCCCGCUGAUCCUUUUACGGUGA